AUGGGAUUUUUGAGUGGUGUUCUCAGUAACAUCUACAGCCAUUUAGGGCAGCAUAAAAACACUUUAAAUGAAGCAAUUACGCUUCUUGAGCAAAAUAAACACGCCGGUAAAAAAGGUUUUAAUGUUGCGAUUGGAAAGGUGGUCGAAGGGGUGGGGAGGUAUAAUGGUAAUGUAAAAAAGUCGAAUGACCUUGUUAAGACGGCAAUUAAAAAUCUUCAAAGAGGCAUGAAAAACUAUAAAAAAGAAGAGUUACAAACUAAAUUGCCAAAUAGCAUUGAUCCAAAAAGGCCUACGGCUUCCACCCAAGAGAGUGUCGAGAAGGCAAAAUCCUUGGUGGAGGAUUGUCGAAAAUAUGCAAAAGACUUUAUUACUGCUGUUGACAUUAAAACAAAAACAGACGCCACAAAAAAUGCGAUAAAAGACUUAAAUCCCAAAUUGCGUGAUACAAUUGAGAACGUGCGUAAGAAUAUGCAGCAUGAGAGUAAGCGUCUUAAAGAGUUGUCGAGUAAAGAGAGUAAGGAUUUAGAGGCAACGGAAGAUAAAAUUAAGAAGACGUUGAGCAGUUUGAAAGUGAACGUGGACUGUAGAAUUGAUGCGCAAAUGAAGGAGUUGAUUAAAAACAUUAAUGAGCGAGUUACGAAAAUUUCAGAUGAACUUAACACAAUAAAUAGCAAUCUGCUGCAUCACCUUGAUGCAUUCGAAGGAUGGAUUAAGCAGGCGGAAGUCGCCGUUGAGGCGGCGCUAAAGCAGGUUGAGAACAUAUUGGAGUAUGUGAAUCAGGGCUCUACGUUCAAUAAAGUUUCUUCAAUUUAUGAGGCUGCUGAUGGGCUUAAGAAGCAGGUUGAUAUGUUAUAUGACGCUGGAGAGGAAGCUAAGAAAAAAGUAGCGGAGACAGUUAAAACAGCGCUUGGGAAGGUGAAAGACAUGGACGGAAAGCUUAAAGAGGAUUUGUAUAAGGUGAAGCAAGCGGUGGAGGGGCAGGUGACGGGGAUUAAGGAGGCGAUUGGGAAGUUGUAUGAUAAAUUUGAUGCAUACGGUAGAGGUCUGAAAAGCAAGGAAAAUAAGAAACAGCUUCAGGAGGUCAUCAAACAUUUGAAAGGGCAAGUUGCAAGCAUUAGAGGAAAAGGAGCACCUCGACCAGAAGGUCUUGCCGCUAUUUUGAAUGCCGUCCUAGAUCAUGGAAAUAAGUAUAAGAGCUUCGAGACGAUUGUGGAUGCCUGGUUAGAUGAUAUUUUGAGGAAAGAUAAGACGGCGCAGGAUUAUACACGGGACUAUAAUACAGCUAAUUAUGAUAAGUUAAACCCGGAUUACAAGACUGGUGGAAAAGCAGGCGUCAAUACAUCGCUCAACAAAAUAAUAAGGGAUAUGAUUAAGAAAGAAUUUACGACGAGUGCAAUUCCUCAAGCAGGUGAAAGAGUUCGACAACUAAUGGAGCAUAAAACAGAAGAAGGAGUCAUAAAGAACACACUUAACGCUGUCAAACAAGCCUGCCAUGAUUUUGUCAAACUGCUUGAUGCCAAAUUCGACGAAACGGACAUUUAUGAGUCCGCCGAAUCUAUACUCGGUGAUAUUGAGAGAGCUAUUCUGCUAAAAAGUCAGAAGACAUCAGAACAAAGCGCUUCACUUCUGAUUGCCAUUGAAUAUACGAUCAUAGCGCUUUACACAACUGCUAAACAAACCGCAGAACAAGUCGAAAAAUUGCUUAAUGACUGUAAAUUUAUAAGCUUAGACAACAUACAUAACAACGCAAAUGAUCUUGUAGGGAAAAUUGAUAAGGCACUUAACGUAGGCAAUUCCGCUGAUGAGACGAACUACGCCGCCGCCGUAGACACCGCGAUCGACGAGGUGACGAAUGAGAUUGGAAGAAAGUUGCCGAACGGAACGAGUCAAACAGUCACGCUCGAAACGGAAACGACGUUUAACACAUACAAUAAAUUUGUCAUACAAGAAUCGGGUCCCAUUAAAAACGGCACUGAACUAACCGGCACCUCCGAUGAAGGCUCCCUCCCCGCGGCGAUCGGUGAGAUUAGGGAGCAAGUGCAGAAUGCUUUGUCUAAUAUCGACACCUUUAGCGGUCAAGUUGCCAUGAAAUAUGCCGACGUUACCAAUGACCUCAACAACCUGUGCAGUGCAAUUCAAUAUGCCGCUGAACUGGAUCCUGCUAGUGCCAAAACGGAAUUACUCAAGCUGCGAGAUACAUACUUUAAGAAGCACGAAGAAAAGGCAACUGGCACUGAGCAUAGCAUCAAGAAGAUCAAGCAUGACCUCACUGAACUCCAAAAGACGCUUGUCGACAAACCAAUCGAGUUGACCAAGAAGUUACUCAAAUUCACCUCGGAUGCUGAAAAGCACUUCGCCGAUGAACUGAAAAAGGAGGUUGAAAAAGACAUUCAAAACGCAGAAAAGUCCCUCACCUCCCACGUCCGCUGGCAGUACGUCGACUCCAUAAAGCUCCUGCUCCAGGCGUGCGCGGAUAAAGCGCAAGAGGAACUGUCACCAUUGCCAAAACUCAUCGACAUCGACUUGACGAUUGGCUUCAAGGGCUUCAUGAAAGCUGUCGAGGGUGAAGUUACGGAAGGUAAAAACAUCGGCCAAAAUAUUGAGAAGCUUAGCAGUCGUGCAGCCGACCCCGUUGAUUCGGCGGAUAAGAGAACAGCAUUCCAAAAUCUGUCGAAAGCAUUCAAACACUUCUGGUCACCCCUCGCAUCCUAUGUCAACAAAGAGAUCGUCAGACUUAACGAAGAGGAAAACGACAAAAAGCAUCCCGCUGUCAAGGAUGUCUAUGACUAUCACGGACAGCUAAUUGCAAUUUACGACGCAUUUAAUGAAGCGCUUACCCACAUCAAUAAGACGCACAGAUAUGACCACACCCUGCCCGAGCUGCUUGACAACGUUGACGCUGCAAUUGCCAACCUCAAACCUGACGGCUUUGCCAAGCCGAGCAGUCCGGUCAUCGACAGCCUAACGGAAGGGCUUACGCACUUCGUCGGUGAGUUGAGAAAAGUUUACAUUUCCGCGUACGAUAAAGAAACGUUUGAAAGUGAGCUGAUACAUGACACCGGCAAAGAUGUCGUUUACAGCAAUAAUGUCGAUCGGAUUAAGGAAUUGACAAAGUACGGCGAGAAGUGCGCGAAAGUCUUUUUGACGCUGCUAGAGGUGCUUACACAUGAGUUGGAUGGGUUGAAGAAGGGAUGCGGUAAACAUCAAACCAAGCAGAUUAGUUUGAAAGCGCUGGAAAACCGUAAAAGCGUAGAUAAUCCGCUCGGAGCUUUUUUCCAAAAGAACGGUUACCGGGUAUCCAAGGAGGCAGAUUCCCACGAGGGGGAGUUGAGAAAUAAAACGAAGUUUACGGCAAAGGAAAUUUCGGACAAUCUGCUAAAUAAACAUCUGAAUUUUAACUAUGACGCCAUCAAAGAGUGGAAGAAAACGAAAAACAACGCCGCUGCACGAAGCAGCCACGCUGCAUCACAGAUCACUCUCCUCGACAUACUUGACUUCUUCCACGAGCACCUGCUCGACUAUUUUAAGACAUCUCACCUUCGCCACAUUCCAUCGCCAAAAGCACCGUGCAAUAUCUAUCAGAUGCUGCAAUGGCUCACUGGACUGCGGUAUAAUCCCAUGUAUGAGACACUAUGCGGGCACUUCAAGGGACUGUUCAAGAAACCUGAAGGAGACAAAGCGCAGAAGGAUUCCGAGUACAAGCUUGAUUCCACUGAGACGAAGUUGAACGCUGAGGAAUUAACCACGAUGCUUCGCAGAGUUUGCAACUACUCCGUUGACGUCCUGGUUGCCAUCCAGGGCCACGGGCACGCGGAUGGUGUAUAUGCCGUUGACUUCUACGUUAACAGCGAAGGUCUGUCGUACCCGAGUAACCCCGGCCAAUGUUUCGAUUUACUCGUCGACGUAGCAUCCAGAGUAUACCACCAGAUGCUAUUCCUUUACAAGCAGUGCAACAACGGUCCUCAGAGCUCCGGUUGGUCGGACUGCCACUACGGCAGGGGCAUCGCCGGGUCAGCGUGGAACUGCAAUACCCUUCAAUGUCCCGACCAAGAGUGUGAGCAAAAGCAUGACCAAACGGCCGACCAACAUUACAAGUGCGGUGUAAAGUCGCCACUUCAGUCGUUCCUUGAGGAUGGCCUCCCAGGGUUCUUACCACAUCAGUUCACUAAGCCGGGUUGUAAGCUGGAAUGCGCUGUGCCGAAUCACUUCGGCAAACCGUGCCUGACUCCUAUGGGAUUCACGGACAUUGGUAUCGCAGCUUCUCACACGAAGCAGGGCAAGCAUCUGAAGGACGUGCUUGAGAAAUUCUGUGGUACCGUAGAUCCACGCCUCACCAAGUUAUGCUCCAUGCUGACGUGUCUCCUCCAGAAGCCUCCGCAGACACUAGGUGACAUCUUCGCUUUCUACCACAAAUUCCUUGACAAGUGGGAUAAGAGUAGUGAGCAUAAAAACGCGGCCUUUGUAGAAGCCGUCCAAAAAGCCAAUUUCGGGAAUGCGCAAACGAAGUUAGAUGUCGCUUGCAUACAAAGCGGACACACUCACAGUGACAAGCACUUAAAAGGUGAACUUCUUACCCUUACUAAAUGCAAUUCAAACGUCUCGCCUACUCCGCCCUGCGGAGCAUACCUGCAGCCUUUGUAUCUCCAAACCCGCGAAAUAUAUUCGAAACAUCACGCAGAUAGAUAUCUGUCAUGGGUCGUGUACAUCACCGACACGUUCUACGAUUUGCUCAAAAAGCUGUAUGAUGAGUGCUGUAAGAAGUGCAAGACACCUGGAUCUAGAUGUUACGAAAAGUGCUGCACUGCGAAUUGCCAAGUCACGUACUCCGCUGAAGAACCAACCGUAAACACACUCGAAGAUGUAAAGCACAAUACGAAUUGCAACUCCAUCGUCAAAUGCCCUAAUACGCAUCCCACAUUGUAUAAGUAUGGUUUUACAUUCGGCAGUCCGCAUGACCUCAGUGGCCAAUACCACGCGAAAACAAGACGCACCUGCAAGGACUUUUGCACAGCCUUAGAGAGAGUUAUUGGUAAAGGAUGCUUACUUGCAGAUUUGCUCAAGCAUAUUGACAAUUUCCUCUGGAUCAUCAGACAACCCUUCUCCUACCUUGUCCUUUCCCUCUGGCUCCUCUCCCUCUUCUACCUCCUCCACAUCAUGGUCAUCCGCCUAGACCUGCUCCACAUCAAAUCGCAUUUGCAUAGUCCCUCAUCGCACCGUAUCGCCGCUCAAUCAUUACUCGCUGCUGCACGUGUUAACAAGCUCAACAGAGUGUUUUAUCUGCAACCAUAA